AUGGCCGAGGCUCGGGAGGAGCCUCUGGCGCUCUCCUCCGCCGGGCCGAGACCCCAAAGCUCGGCUCAGCACCGCGCCCAGGGCCGCCGCCCGUGCUGCCCCGCACCCCGCCCCGGCACCCUUCGGGCUGCGGCACCCCGACCCCGCCCGCGCCCCCUCCUCCCGCCUUCCUCCCCCUCCCCUCGCAACCAGGCUCCCAGACCCUCGCGGGCUCCUCGGCUCCUCCACCCCCUCCGCCAGCCCCCGGGCCCCGCGUCCCACCCCCUGGCCCGGCUCGGCUCGGCCCGGCCCGCCCCCCCCUCCCUCCCUGGCCGCCCCCCCUCCCGGCUCUCGUGUGUUCCCAGCGGUGGCAGGAUGCCAAGUGUAAGUGUAAGUUGCUAUAGCAACCCCCUCGGAGAGCGGAGCAGAUCCGGAUCGGCACCGAGCAGCAGCAGCAGCCGCCCGGACCCCCCUCGCGGGCCGGCCCCGCUCCGAGGUGCGUGUCCCCCCCACCCGUCCCUCCCCCCGCCGCCCCUCCCCGCUCUCCGGAAAUGCCAGGGCAGCCGCACCGGGAGGCGCUGGUUCCCCUUUGUGCUGCUCGCCGGCAGCCCGGUGCCCGGCCGGCGUCCCCCCCCGCCCCGAGCUCCCCCCCCGCCUCGCCGCCGAACCGCCCGGGGAGCCCGAGCCGGCCGGUGCCGCGCCGCGCCGCGGGGAGAGCCCGUCGCCCGCCGGGGAGCGGCGCGGUGGGUGCCGCGGAACGACCGCGCCUCCGCGGGGCUGCGCCCAGGCCGGCCCGGGGCGGUGCGUGGCGGCGAGACGCUCCGCCGGCCUCGGGACCGGCCCUCGCCCGCCGCCGGGCCCCGCGCCGCCGCCUCCCGCGCUUGA